GACCAUUGUUGAAUGUAAGACAAUGGCGCCAUCUAGUGUCGCGAGAUCUGAAUUGCCGGGUUGAUCCGGUCUUCGUCAGCCAACCAGGAAAGAGGGCUUGCCGUGAUCUGGACUGAGGCGGAUGAGACCAGAACCCUUUGUUCUGUGUCUCCUCCCAGCGCAAGAAUAAAAUCCAGAGCCCGUGAAUGCGUCUUUCGGAACCGCGUUUUGUGGGUUGGCGAUCGACGAUGGGUGUUGUAUUGAUAAGAAAUUAGCAGAAUUUAUUUAUCACGCUUUAUCUAUUUAUUUUUAUUUUCCCGAUCGCUGCAACCCGAGAGAAACAUCUGGACGUUUUUCUUUCUGUCGGCUGCUAAAUGGAAGUGAAACGCGGGGCUGAAAGUGGAAGCAGUCGAGGUAAUGUUCUUCCAGUCCACUAUCUACGCCUCCUGGCCCCACCCUUGCAGCUUUUAUCAGCUGCAGUGUGGCAAGUAGUGCAGCAGGGACUUGUGGAUCACUAUGGGAUGCUGGAGGAGUUUGUUACCAUGGUGACCGAGCUGGUCCCAGAGCUGAUGAGCUACAGUCAGAGGGCUCAGCUCAUCCUGGGACUCAGGGCCAGGCUGGUUCUGGAGAUGUGUCGAGGUGAGCACCCAGUGGACAUGCAGACCAUUCAGCCACAUCUGGACAGAAUUAAAGCUCCAGUCAGCACUGCCAAGGAUCACCAUGUAACCAUUAACCAGGUGGAGGAAUCUGAGGUGAACUUUGUGGAGUUGGUGCAUUCAUUACUGGAAGAUCCUUCUGAGAGAAAAUACUUUUUCCAGGAAAUCUUCCCUGUAUAUUUUGGCUCAAAAUAUGAUGCAACACUUGAGAUGCUGGUGUGGGAGUUCAUAUCAAGACUGGAGGAGCUGCUGCCAGUUCCAGACUUCACACAGCUGGCAGCUUUGCUCAGAGACACGCCGUCAUUCCUAGACGAUUGUUUGCAAUCCUUUUUCCCACCAGAGGACAUGAAGGCUGUCCUUGAACACCACAGAAACCUUGGCCAUUUUGAGGAGAAAGAUCCUAGAUUAUUACCCAUGGAUGACUGCAUCCUCUCCUCCCUGUCUCUGCCUCCUGGGACCAAACUUGGCAUGAACAACACCUCUUGCUCACCCGCUCUCAAAGAUUCAAGCUCUCCAGAGCACAAAGGACGUCCCGACGCUCCCUUCAGCACGAGUGGCCUUGAGAGGGCGAGCAGGAGAAGCUCUGAGACGGCGAGACAAAGACCGGUUAGAGGUGGGACCGUUUCUCAGGAGAGGAAAGUGCAGAACGCAAUUAGUGCACGGCCAUGUGAUGAAACCAUAGACCUCACUGCAUCUAAUGAGACUGCGGACACAGACUCAGCAGCCGAUGACGACAGCCAAAGCUUGAGGGGAGGGCGUGUGCUCAGGAAGAGAAGGCUGAGCGGAGGUGUGGACGUUCCCGCAAAGCAGCCUGCGGAGGCGACAGCUUUUUUAGAUUCGUCCAUGGAUGAUGAGAAUUCAGGUGAAUCUCCUCUAAUCUCGAUAUGGGGAGAAUAUACAGACUCUCAGGAAGGUUCUUUCCCAGUUGUAACGGACACAAAAGUUCCCUGGUCGGACGAGGAGACACUCAAUCUGCUCGACAUCUGGGGGAAAGACUCAGUGCAGCGAGCUUUGAAGGGCUGCUUGAAAAACCGUCACAUAUUCACACAGAUUGCACAGAAGAUGGCAGAGAGAGGCUACAUGAGAACAGUGGAACAGUGCCAGACCAGGAUCAAACGACUGAAGAAAUGCUUCCGCCAGAAUAACAAAGGGAACUCCAGGCCGGAGUAUAAAUUUUACGAGCAGCUGGAGCGGGUGCUCGGCUCCUCAGCUCCUUCAGCCGUUCCUGAGGUCACCUAUGACGUGGAAGAGGUCAUCGAUGAAGAAGAGUCCCAAGACGGCGACGAGGACCUGCAGUUUCUCGGCCAAACAAACCCUCUGGAAAUCGGAACUCGCAGCGUUCCGUGGACAGAUUUUGAGACGUUGGCCCUCAUCAACACGUGGGGUGAAGACAAGAUGCAGCAGGAGCUGAGAGGAAUGCACAGAACCGGACACAUUUUCUCCGUCAUAUCCAACAAGAUGGCUGCACAGGGCUUCUCCCGAACACCAGAGCAGUGCCAAACAAGGCUUAAAAGGGUGAAGUCAACCUUCAGGCAGUGCUACCAAAACAACAUGAAGGGACGGGAGCAAGUCGAGUGCAAGUUUUACAACGAACUCGGACGAAUUUUGGUGAAGGAUUUCACUUUAGUGCCGCAGGUGGACGAAAUGCCAGGAGAGCCUGAAGACAGCGACUUUCCCGCCUUCUCCCAUCAGGACGUCGAGUCUGCUGUGGGCAUUCAGGAAGACAGGAAGAAAGUCCCCUGGUCGGACAAAGAGACCAUCAUCCUUCUGGAGAUCUGGGGCGACCCGCAGGUCCAGCAGAGCAUGAGACGUUACCCGCACAACGGUCACAUCUUCACCGAAAUAUCAGAGAAACUCGGCGCCAACGGCUACUCCCGCAGCGCAGAGCAGUGCCACACCAGGAUCAAACGGCUGAAAGCCAACUACCGGCAGUGUCAGGAAAACAUGAGCUCGAGUGGGACUGACAGAGUCGACUUUAAAUUUUAUGAUCUGCUGGAACAAAUCCUGGACAAGCAGCCGUCGACAUCCUCCACUGUGGUCACGGACUCCAUUGAAAUAUCAGAAGACUCCAAUGGUGAAUCGGUUACUGAAACAGAUGGAGAAACGAGCAUGUCAGCAGAAAAACCUGCACCAGGCUCGUGGUCAGACGAGGAAACCCUGGCGCUUAUGGAACUCUGGGGCGAGGAAGACGUCCAGAGGGCGCUGAGGGGUUUUGUCCACAACGGACACGUUUACGCCGAAAUUUCGGAGAGAAUGCAAGACCUCGGCUACUCAAAAACCCCGGAGCAGUGCCGCUGGAAAGUCAAAUCGCUGAGGAACAACUUUCGACAGUGCUACGACAAGAAGAAGAGUGGGAAAAGAGUAGAUUAUAGAUUCUACAAGCAGCUGGAACAAAUACUUGGACAGGAGGCAGUUUCUAUUGAUGAGUAUGAUGAAAGGGACGAACAAGCCGACCCGGAUCCAGGUACUGAUGGCAUGAACGCAGCGUGGACGGGGCAGGAGACGGUCGCUCUGGUUGAGGUGUGGGCGGCAGACGACGUGCAGCACAGCCUGAAAACCUGCGUCCGCAACGGGCACAUAUUUGCCGACAUAUCGCAGAAACUGGCCACCGUGGGAUACCUGAGGACGGCGGAGCAGUGCCACUCCCGCAUCAAAAGGCUGAAGAAGACUUACAGGCGAUACUGCAACAGCCGGAGAAGCGGAGGAAGGCCCGCGGCGUUCCGAUACUUCGACCUGCUGGCUCCGGUGCUCGGCGAUAACUCGGUGUAUGCUGACGUGGACAGCACCGCUGCUGAUGCCACCCUGCAACCCAUUAUGGACGAGGAUCCGGACAUGUACGAGCAGCCCUCAUCCAACCACCUCCUGGCCGACCUGAGCAGGAAGAUGCCCUGGUCGGAGCAGGAGACUCGCACCCUGCUGAAGAUCUGGGGCGAAGACACCGUCCAGCUCACGCUGAAGGGCUGCCUGAAGAACCGCCACGUGUUUGAGUACAUUUCUGAGAAGAUGAGUGACAGAGGAUUCAUAAGGACCACGGAGCAGUGCUACUCCCGCAUUAAGCGCCUUAAAUAUGGCUUCCUCCAUGAAAAGGAGGAUUUUAAAUUUUUCAGCGAGAUGGAUGAAAUCUUCAGGAGGGAGCCCAGAGUGGACAGCUCAGUCCCAGACAUGUCAGAGCCGGAGGACUACACCCCAGUGCCUGGUCCGAUGAAAGGUAAUCAGUGGGUGGCUGACAGCUCUAAGCUGCCUUGGAGCGACGGGGAGACCGAGGCCCUCCUGGACAUAUGGGGGAGCGAGGAGAUCCAGGAGAACCUAAAGGGCUGCACCAAGAACAAACACAUCUUCAUCCAGAUCUCUGAGGUCAUGGCCAGUCAGGGCUACAUGCGCACUUCCGAACAGUGUCAGACCAGGAUAAAGAGACUGAGGGCUAAUUUCCGACACUUCCUCGAAGGCAGAAGAGGAGACAAACAGGAAUGCAAGUUCUUUGACCAGAUGGUGCAGAUAUUUGGCAACAAGUAUGUAAUAAACUCUGACCCCCUGGCCGACGAUACAGCCGAUGGCGUAGAGACCUGAAACUGUCCGUCAUCAUAGAGUGAAAUCAAGGAGACACAGCAGCCGCAGACUGACAGAGGACCAUCCAGGAGCGGAACAUGCAGAAACUGUGAUAUUAACGGCUGUGCUCUGCGGUAGUUUACAGAUGACAGAGGAGCGCCUGUCCAGGCUCACUCAGAUCUGCGUUUGCCUCUGUAUAUACUUCAGAUACUUUUACAUACUUUGUACACACAGGCCCGCUGCAGUUCUGUGUGUGUGAGUGUGUGUGUGCGAGCGUGUGUUUGUGUGUGCAUGUGUGUGUUUGCGUUCCUCCACCAGAGUGUCUUCGGGAUUAUUACGAUAGAGCCAUGACACUAAAACCGGGAAGCUCAGGGCUCGAUUGACAAAAAAAGGAUCUCUGAUCUCGACUUGGUGGGAGUCACAAAAUGUCGUUCUCUGACAGAAACCGUGUUUUUACUCGUAUUUAAUUAUUUUGUACUGGAACUGGAAAAGUGAGUGACUCAAAGCACACGCAAAAAGAAACACACACAAUGCCUCUCUUACUGUAACCAGAGUGUACAUUUGCUUUUUCGUCUUAAUUCAGGCCUCACAUGUUACAUCUUCUGUUGCACUUUGUUUAUAAUGUUUGGAACCUGAAUGGUGAAAGUUUAAUUCAUGAAGUUUAAUCUUAUUUUUUACAUGGUAUGAGUUGAUCUUUUCCAGAAUUGUAUUUAUUUAAAUUAUUAUUUAUGUGUUUACCAAUUUACCUUAAAUAUGUCGCACUUCAACAAACUUCAUUGAAGCACAUUUUUCCAGAAAUAUGUAGGGAUUUGUCACAGCCGAUAAAAGAAACUUGAAAUGUUUGAUUGA